UGUCCGGUUUGUUCAGUUACAGCUAUAAUUCGCUGGUGAAUUGAAAGCAUAAUGUUGUGUAACACGUCGGUGUUUAUCUGAGUGGUCUUAAGUCUUUCUUUCUUACCUCGUCACCUCAUUAUCUGGGACAACAUGACCACAGAUGAGGUGGUCACUGACUGCUAAAGUCAAAUGUAAAUGCAUUGUUUAAUGAGACAAGCCAGUGUCUUUAAUUAUUCACCUGGCCGCUUCACCUCUCAUCUGAACGGUAGUGUGAGUAUCACAUGUUUUACACAAAGUCCACGAUUAUUCCCAGUGAUUCAUAAAAAAAAUGGUCUUCAUGUAGGAGAUAUUUUUUGACAGGGCUUAAGUAAUUAGCACACUCUCCUACUAACUAGUACUCCAAAAAUAGUACUCUACUUAGACUCGUAACUAGGGUAACGCUAGACCUGGUCUCGUGCUGCACGCGCGUGCUGUAUAGUAUGGCAGUUUACAGUGCACUUGAAUAGUUGAUUAGUUGUGGAUUAAACAACAUUUAACACGCUGAACUUUCCGUCAGGUCAUUUCUAUUCGCAUUAAUGCCUUAAAUUUGCUGAUUGAACAAACACUUUAAUAAAGUUUAAACACUUUAAAAAGUAACUCACUUUAGUUGAGUUUUCGAGUUCAGAAACCCGCCUCGCGCACUGACCGUUAAAAUUUAAACUCCUGAGGGGAGAUAAGCACGCUGAGGUGAGUUAGCGUAGUUUAUUAUUAUUAUUAUUAUUAUUAUUAUUGUUGUUGUUGUUGUUGUUGUUGUUGUUGUUGUUACGCACUGGAGUAUUGUUCACCUAGAGUUGUUUGGGGUAUAUAUAUAUAUUCCUUUACAGAAAUUCAGUAUAUUUUACUACAUGUUUCUUUACCAAACUUUAUUUUAAGUUGAAACUCUAUGGUCAGGAUUUUACCAAUAUAUAGAAGUGUGUGAUUAAUAUUUGUUAAACCACAUCAGCAAUAUUUUACUGUAACGCUUUAUACUAAUUAUUAUGUAUUAUUAUGAAAUCAGUGAGAUUAUGAUGCAGGCUGUGAUUUAUUAUGAUUGAUAUAACUUACAUUCUGUUUUGUGAGGCAAUAGUCACAUAAGUGAAUAAUAUUUACAUAUUUUGAAAGCAUCUUGAAUCACGUUGAUCUGCAGUUCAGUCAUGGACACUUAAACGUCUGAGAAGUUUAGCUAGCUCUGGUCAGAAAAAGGAAAAACCGGCACAUUUUAUCAUCCUGAGCUUCAACAUUCAGUGUGUCUUUUCCAUUUCUAUUUAUUAAUCUAUAUGAGGUUAAUACGGACCUGGCAAACUUCAGACGAACCCACGGCGCGUGACCGAUCCGGGGGGUGUAGUGAAGUCCAUCUUGUGGUCCGUUAGCGUCAGGACUCGUCUGUGUCCAGCGAGGGGUUUAUCGUGACUGAUGUCCCGUUUGUGUCCCGUGUCAUGUUGUCUGAUAUUCACAUUUUAAUAAAAACACAGCUUCAAUAUGUAUUAAUUAGCACACCAGUAUUGGACCUGAGUGAUGUUUACUUCAUAACCUUCUCCUACACGUGGCAUUUCCAGUGAAAUAAUCAUGUGUUUAUCACGUGGAGAGCUCGGACAAGACGCUGCUGUUCCUACACGUGGGAUUGGGACGUCGAUUUAGGUGAUAGCGCGCUGUGUGGACAUGAACGCGCUGCUCGAUCGCUUCCACAACUACAUCCUUCCCCAUGUGCGAGGGCCGGAGCGGGUGUGUCACUGCACCUGUGGCAGACACCGGGUGCAGUACGUCAUCCCGUACGAGGGUUCAAGCUCGCCGGAUCGGGACCUUCCAGCAGGGGGCAGCAGUGUGACUAAGCAGGAGGUGGACCUGGUUCUUGGGCUGCUGCUGGGCUUCUGUAUCAGCUGGGUUCUGCUCUGGCUGGACAGGACCCUGCACCGGGUUCUGCUGGCUUGGAGAACCCACCCACAGAAAGACGUGUGGAGGUCGUGGAAGUGGGUGACGAGAAUGUGUAACGUCCAGGAGCUCCGCAGGCGGCUGCAGCAGCGCAGGAACAACAGCGGAGGGGAUAACAACGUGGUACACGUCAAACACAAACACUACCACAACGGGCACCUGAGCCCACGCAGACUCUAAUUUACUUACACACACACACACACACUCGGUAGUGGACAUCUGGUCCUAGAAAGACUUUAACAAUGGUCUCAAAGCAGCUCUCUCUCUCUCUCUCACACACACACACACACACACUAAUUGAUGCUUCCCCUGAACUCACACUGACCUGUUUCUCCAAGGAUGUGACUGUAUUUAGUGCACAGCAGGACUGAAGUCACUGGACUUUGUGUUUUUUUUAUAAAUGUGUCCACGAAGGUCCCACGCAGGGAUCGGACCCGACUUGCACUUUCUUUCCUGCCUGAGGUAUUCCAUUUUUUGAUGAUUAGACAUUUAUUUUGCUUGCCGAUUGCUUGUUUUUACGAGUUUUUGUGCGGACGUGCUAGUUUUGUACAGUGCCCGGGGUCAACAUACGGACAUUACAUAUGCAUUUGCAUUUUUUAGGGGCUGAUUUUUUUGUGUAUCAGGGAUAAGUUUUUGUGUCUAUUUUAGAGGAAAAAAAAACAGCAUGCCCACACAACUUUAGUACUGUGGUGCAGUUUUAUUUGUAAUGUGGGGUGUGUGGGGGCAGGGUGGGGGGUAUAUUUUUGUGCAUCAGCAUGGGCGGGGUAGAUCUGUGGCUGUAAAUGGAUUUGUGGUAUAUGGACACGGAGACAGACGUCUAACGAGUCCCGUUUGUAUUUUUUAGUAAAAGUUUGUGGUGUUGUGGGAUAAUAAUAAUGUCUGCAUCUUCAGCGCUGUUAAAGGAUGACACUAGUGUAAGCUGUGGGGAGCGAGGACACUCUCCUCCUCCUCCUCUUCCUCUUCAAACGUUCUUGUGCAGAUGUAUGUGCGUGUUCGAUUAAACGGCGAAGUCAAACUGUGAA